AUGCCCACCAUAUACUCGUCACUAUACACGAAUUUCAUCCGCCAAGGAUCUACCUUUGCCAAAUCCAUCACCACCCACGGCUACGCACAAUCCGUCGUAGCGGCCACCCAUCCCCAUGUUCUAAAUUCGCAGAACCGUCCGGUCUUCGGCCGGCCGCAUGCCAGCCGACUCAAUCGCCUCGCGAGCCUAAACCUUCACUCUGCCUUCCUCACCGAACGGACAGGAGCUGGCCUCUCGUCUGACCAGCGUCAUGGGCACCUUCACGGAGGCCUGGAUGCCUACUUUGAAGCCCUGCAGAAUCAGGAGGCCGACGGCGAAGUCGACGGCGAAUGGACACAGUUCGAGUUCCAGAAGCGGAUAGAAUGGAAGCCGAGCUCAUCCACCGUCCUCAACGGGGAAGAGGACGCCGGCCCUGGCGAGGAACUUGUCGCCGAUGAGCCAUCGGAGGCUGUUGCUGCCUUCUCGGAAGAGGAGGCCGCCGCCCUCGCGCACAUCGACGCGGCGCUGGAGAAGGAGAUUGAGGCUCGCAAUGUGCCGCCGUCUUCCCUACCGGGGUCCGUCCCCGUCUCGCGCUCGCAGACUCCCGGAGUCGACGUUCGCACCCCGCCGCCGUCGGUCGACAGCCAGUCGCAGUCGUACUCUGACCAUCUGGCGAAGCUCUCUGCCGCUUCCCGAUACUCGGAAAUCCCCGCCGUUUUCGAGGCCAUGCUGGUGACGGGUGUGAAGCCCAUGGCGAGGUCGUACAACGCCUUGCUCAUGGCCGCCAUACACAUCCCCUCCAAGAAGAGCGAGGUUGUCUCCAAGGCACUGGAUGUGUAUGCUGACAUGGUCCGCCGUCGAGUGUCGCCCGACGGCGACACGUACAACAUCAUCGUCGGCCUUCUGGCCUCGCGAUCCCUCGAGGUGGCCGAAAUGAAGGCCGUUCUCGACCAGAAGCGUCUGCGAUUCGGCGGCAUGGACCAGCCUGGAAAGUUCAUGUUCGCCUCGCACGAACUGGAGCACGCCAUCCUCUGCGAGGACGAUAGGCUGGACCUGGCCAUGAAGCUGUUCGACCAGUCCAACGAUGCAGACGCGGCCGACUACUCUGCCGAGACCUACCAGCGACUCAUCUCGGCCUGCGGCCAGGCUGGCCGCGUGUCGGACAUGCUUCGACUGUUUGAGCACAUGGAGUCGAGCAAGAGCGUUCCCUUUGCCGCCAUAUUCCCGACCAUGAUCACUGCCUUUGCUCGCCGCGGGGACCUCGUCAGCGCCGUGGAGUGCUACAAUGAGUAUCGCAGCCUCGCCGUCGCGCACGACGACGGCCGAGCAGCUCUCCACGACCGCCUCGACGACCAAGUCUACGCCGCCGUCAUCAAUGCCUACGUCAUCUCGGACAAGAUCGAGGGCGCCAUGAAGUUUUUCAAGAAGAUUGUCAGCGAGUACGGCGUCCGAGCCGUCGACGUCAAAGAUGCCCUCGUCGGCGGCGGCUUCGUUCAGGGCUUCAUAUCCCGAGGCAUCUACCAGGAAGCCUUCCACUGGGCGCAAUCAGUCGAGGCCGAAGCUCGAUCCGACGCCUUCUCCCGGAUAGCCAUCGUCGCCGCCGACAACGAUGAGCCGGGGACGGCCACCGAAGCCUACUCCAGCCUGCCCGACUCGGAUGCUCAAGCCCUGGUCGGCCCGACGAUUGCCCUUCUCGCCAUGAACAUCCGCAAGGGCGACGUUGCUGCCGCGACAAAGUACUGGCACACGCUCACUCGUCCCGAGGUUCGCGCCACGGCCUCCUUCAUCGAACCCACGGCCAUGUAUGCCGUGGCGUUGAUUGGCUCUGGUCAGGUGGCCGAAGGACUGGCCCAGUCCGAAGCCAUGUUCCAGCGCAUACGGGCCUCCGAUGUCGAGUCGCGAACGCAGCUUGCUGAGGAGAUUGAGGAAGGCGUCGACUUCAUUCGUCGUUACAUGGAGACGCGUGAACUGGCGGAUCCUCGCGAGCUGGCAUCGCCGCUCUCGACGAUGCGCUCGCAAUCCCUGAGCGACUCACCCUUCCCGUCGACGCCGACGGUAUCUAGCUUCGAGGACAGCUUCGACCCUUACGCUCAGAGCACCGACUUCAAGGGCUCGUCUCUCAUCGCCGGCGAUCUCGAAGGCAGCCACGGCCGCAAGGGCUCCCGCCUCGACGAGGCGCUCGGUCGGUUUCGAAACAUUCGCCGUGCUGGACGACACCCUCGGUACGUGACGUACGCCAAGCUCAUUUCGGCGGCUGCUCGGGACGGCAAGAUGGAGCUGUGCAACGAGAUAUACGCCAUGGCCCGCACGGACAUGCCGCUGAUGGCUCAGUACGCGACGGUCCGAUAUGGCUGGUCCUCGAUUCUCGACGCCAUGGUCGGUGCCUGUCUGACGACGGGCAACCGCGGACGCGCAGAAGAAUUUCAUGGGAAGCUUCUGGAAAUCGGCGCGACGCCCUCGGCGAACACGUUUGGCCUCUACAUCACGACGCUCAAAGAUUCGACCAAGACGUUCGACGAGGCUUCCGAGGCCGUCCGCAUCUUUCACCGGGCCAAGACCGAAGGCGUGGAGCCGAGCUCCUUCCUGUACAACGCGCUCAUCGGCAAGCUCGGCAAGGCUCGCCGCAUCGACGACUGCCUCUUCUACUUUGCCGAGAUGAGGGCGCUGGGGAUCAAGCCGACCUCGGUGACGUACGGGACCAUUGUCAACGCGCUGUGCCGCGUGAGCGAUGAGAAGUUUGCCGAGGAGCUGUUUGACGAGAUGGAGGCGAUGGCGAACUACAAGGCCCGGCCUGCGCCUUACAACAGCAUGAUGCAGUUCUUCCUGACGACGAAGCGGGACAAGGGCAAGGUGCUUGCCUACUACGACCGCAUGUUGGCCAAGGGCAUCGCCCCGACGUCGCACACGUACAAGCUUUUGGUCGACACGCACGCGACGCUCGACCCGGUCGACAUGACGGCCGCCGAGAAGGUGCUCGACGCGAUUCGAACGUCGGGCCUGCGACCGGAGCCGGUGCACUACGCGUCCCUCAUCCACGCCCGGGGCUGCGUCCUCCACGACAUGGAGGGUGCGCGCAAGCUCUUCGAUGCCGUCGUCCGGGACCGAUUGGUGCCCGUCAACGCGAGCUUGUUCCAGGCGCUCUUCGAAUCCAUGGUUGCCAACCACGAGGUUGCGGAUACCGAGGCUCUACUGGCGCGAAUGCGCGCGAUGCGCGUCGAGCUGACGCCCUACAUUGCCAACACGCUCAUCCACGGCUGGGCCGGGCAGGGGAAGAUCGACAAGGCGCAGGAGAUUUACGACGCCGUGGCGCGCGAGGAUCGCGAGCCGAGCACGUACGAGGCCAUGACCAGGGCUUCCCUUGCCGUCGACGAAAGGGAGCGAGCGAAGGGCGUCGUCGCCGAGAUGCUCACCCGCGGAUACCCCAGCGCCGUCGUCAACAGGGUGCUGGAACUCCUUGGUGGUGGGCAGGAAGCGGCCACGUCCUAA